AUGGCCCGAUUUAUUCCCAGUUUCCAGUUAUGGAGUACAUCAACUGAACCUCCUACAAAAAACGAAAACGAGCAGGUAAGCUGGAGUAAUUAGGACUUUGAAAAAGGAAAUAAAACGAGAUUUUUAGAUUUGAUGAAAAUUAGUCCACAAGGCCUCUUCAAAAUAAUUACUAUUAUAUGACGCAGAAGCGUCAGUUUUAAUUAAACACAGAUUCUUAGUCAUCUUGACAGUGAGAAGCAGAUGUCUUCACACAAGAGAUCGAUUGGAAUUAUAAGAAUUGAAAGAUUCUUUUUGAUCUCAUUUGUCCGAAUAUUUGAGAAAAGAUUGACCUUUAAAGGCCGUCAAUCUCCGUCGUAAAAUCUGAGUGACCAUAAAGUGAGAGAGUGUGUGGCAUUCAGAUCAAUAAUAAAUAUUAUUUGCCUUAUUGUUAAUCAUCCCCGCUUUUAGGAGCCCGGGGCGAUCUUCAAUUCGGAUCGACCAGACCCCGAGAAUCAGCAGAAAACCACCAUUCGCAGAGGUAUUGCCCGUUGUGCGUUAUUUAUUUUAAUACGUAUUUACAGGAACACCGAUUGUGAGAAGAGACCCUCUGGGCAUGAGACGUUCUGUUUCUGAGCAGAAUUUGCAUUCGAUUAAAGAAAUAGGUCGGAAAAAGGAAAGGCGGCUCUCUUCAACGGCCGAUUCCGAUCCUUCCGAGGUCUGCAGGCUGCCUCACAGUUUUAGUAAGUCUAACUACUAGUCCUUCCGGUAAGUCGUCGGACUGAAAUCGGCGACACGCACUGUGAGAAAACAAAGGUUUCUUUGCACUGUGCAAUGUAUUGCUUUUUGCACCUGUCGCUCGCACCCUGGCUUUUUUCGCACAGUGUAAACGCCAAAAAUCAGUUCGACAACUUUCCGGAAGACUAGUAUUUUUGUGACCUUGACGACUUUUUAUGAGUGGAAAAUACCGGUGUCAAAAGUUCACACAGAAUGACAGAGGGUGUGCGUAAAUACAAGGUUUUACGGCUAUCAGGCUAAUAACCGUUUAUGUAGGUGUCCCGAAAUUCAAAAUACGGUAAUUGCUAUCGGCCGCAACACUGCAGACUGCACGCACGUCGGGCGCAGCUCGGAAUUUAUUUAUUGUGCAAAUAAAAAAAUAAUUUUUCGAGAGCAAUUUUACGGACGUUUUUGCAGCUCAACCAGCGUUGAAUCAACCGGCAAGUCGGCACUACGUGAAGUGGCCACAUCGAGUAGCACCAAGCAGGCCAAGACCUCUGCCUGGCAUCAAGAUUCCGGCCUCAGGCAGCAAUUAUCAUUCGUUGACCGAUCUCAACUCUCUGGGAAUCGGCUCAGGAAACCUGCAAACGAACAUUGUGGUCUGUGCAGCGAACAAAGCGUAAGUCUUUGAUAGUGAUAACAUAACCAUGGGCCCAAGGACCUGCAGGGAAGGGGCGCUCUCUGAUUCCGUUCGUUUUUUCUCUCAAAUUUUGUGGAGAAUGAGGCUUUUUAUGCUUCAAGACAACAAUUUCUCACUUUGAAACGAGCGUUUCUUGUUCUUUUUGAGAUGCCCUCUUCUAUGCGCACUAAUAAGAGCAACGGAGAAGUGUCAUCGUUGCUAUCGAAGCAUUCGGAAGACGAGGAAUUCACAACUCCACCACUUCAGCCAAAUUCCCCGACCAGAUUCUUUGUUGUUCCCGAUUCAGACCAACGGAUUGGGCCGAAUCCCACUGCUAAGGCAUAUAAUAAUUCACUUAGCACUUCAAAUUCCACGCAAUCCAAGCCUAUCAUUCGCUCAUACACGGCCUCAGGGCUUCCGAAUUUGGGGGUAGGGUCUCUGAAUCAGCAUAAAUUAUCAGCUGUGUCUCAUCUGGAGAGUCAACCAGGACCAUCUAAUUAUUCCACCACUAGAUUCACCGCUUUGGAUAAGGCCCAGUUUGAACCUUUGACCAGGUUCGUUUAUAUUGUACUUAAUGUUUACUUUUUUCAGACAUCGGGGUGAGCUCUCGCUUCAUGAGAAAUAUCGAUAUGAUCUUAGUCGUGCACAACUCAAGGCGUCCUCGAGGACAUCUGCCUUACUUUCUGGUUUUGCCAUGGUAUGUUCCUCGUUAUUUUUUAUAGUUUUCCUUGUAGGUUGCCCUUGUCGAAUUGCAAUACGAGGAUGAAACUCCCAGACCCCUGUUGAUAUUACUGGGUGUGGUAACCACCCUCCUGGUAUCAGUCCACCUACUCGCCUUAAUGAUCUCAACGUGUCUUCUGCCUUAUAUCGAAGCCUCAGGGUGCACUCAAGACUCUCCUCAUAUCAGGUUAAGGUGAGUAGCGUAAAAGGUGUUGAGUUUCAUACCAAUUUCAGUCCGUACAUUGAACUCGCCUGGAUUUUCUCGACAUGUAUAGGUCUGCUCCUUUUUUUAGUGGAGAUUGGAGUCAUAUUUUAUGUUAAGUUUGGCGGGGUCAAGUAUUAUACAGCAGCGCUAAUCACUACGGGGAUGCUAGGUAAGGAUAUGACUAAUUAAUUAAGGUUACCGCGAUUUCAGUCCCCGUCCUUAUUAUCUUUAUUGUCUUGUCCUGGAGGAUCCAUCAAAAUAGAUUUUCCCAUUCGAUGGAACGGGUAAAUGAUAAAGUAAUAGACUUGGAGAAGUUCCUCGAUGAGAACACGACUGUCAACACCAAUAAUAACGAGAAACGGCCAGUUUUCACGACAAAUUAA